CCUUCGAUCGUCCUUCAUCUUCCUCAACCAUACUCACAAUAGAUUCGAUCUCUCUCUCUCUUUUCUUAACUUUUGAGAGACCUUUUCUGCUUUUACUUUAACUUGGUCAACUUGAAAUCUCUGUCUCUUUGUCUCUAGAUUGAGCUUUGAAUAGUAGUUUACCCUAUCGUAUCAUGCAACAUAAUGACGCUUUAAAUGAUAUCGAAGGCAAAAUCGCCUCGAUCACCUUGAACCCUACUAGACCGCCAUAUGUUCCUCCUCACAUGAGGAAAGUUGGAGGUCCUCCCCCUCCUGGACCACCUAUGCAACACGCACCCUCCCCCGGCGGAUGGGGAACUCCCUCGAUGCAUGCGCCGCCACCUCACCAUCAACAAACUGGUGGUUGGGGUGCCAAACCAAAUUUUUCCGGUCCUCCUCGCAAUGAUGGUCCAUACCGCGGUGGCUUCUCCGGAGGCGGAGGUGGCCGUCGUAACGAUGGCUAUGGUGAAUGGCGAGACGGACAGCAUGUUGUUGCUGCUGGUAACCCGAGAGUUGAAAAGGAGCUCUUUGGUGAUGCUCAAGAUCCCAGCAAACAACACACCGGUAUCAACUUCGAUCGAUAUGCCGAUAUCCCAGUUGAAGCUACUGGUAACGGAGUUCCUGAGCCGAUCACUGAAUUCACCAACCCUCCUAUGGACCCACACUUGCUCGCCAACAUCGAGCUGGCCCGUUACAAGACCCCUACUCCUGUACAAAAAUACUCUGUCCCUAUCGUCGCUAAUGGUCGAGAUUUGAUGGCUUGUGCUCAAACUGGUUCGGGAAAGACGGGUGGAUUCUUAUUUCCGAUCAUCUCGGCUGCUUUCGCCAAAGGUCCUCUUCCUACCGCUGGUAUGCAAGCUCAAGGUGGCGGCUAUGGCAAGCGUAAAGCUUUCCCUACCGCACUCAUCUUGGCUCCUACUCGUGAAUUGGUCAGUCAGAUCCACGAGGAGGCGCGCAAGUUUACCUACCGUUCUUGGGUCCGUCCUGCUGUUGUCUAUGGUGGUGCCGAAGUUGGCCAACAAUUGCGUCAAAUCGAGAACGGGUGUGAUCUACUUUCGGCCACACCAGGAAGAUUGGUCGAUCUGAUCGAACGUGGACGCAUCAGUUUGAGCAACAUCCGCUACUUGGUCCUUGAUGAAGCCGACCGGAUGUUGGACAUGGGGUUCGAGCCUCAAAUUCGACGUAUCGUCACUGGUGAAGAUAUGCCAGGUGUCCACGAGCGUCAGACGCUCAUGUUCAGUGCUACAUUCCCUCGUGACAUUCAGAUGUUAGCCAAAGACUUUUUGAAAGACUACAUUUUCCUAUCCGUCGGUCGUGUCGGAUCUACCAGCGAAAACAUCACUCAAAAGGUCGAAUAUGUCGAAGAUGCUGAUAAACGAAGUGUCCUUCUUGACAUCUUGACAUCCAUGCCUCAAGGUGGACUUACUCUCGUCUUUGUGGAGACCAAGCGUAUGGCCGACAUGUUGGAAGGCUUCCUUGUUUCAAGCAACUUUGCUGCCACCUCAAUUCAUGGUGAUCGUACUCAGCGUGAACGUGAACGUGCUCUUGAGACCUUUCGCUCGAGUCGCACACCUAUCAUGGUCGCCACCGCUGUCGCCGCUCGUGGACUCGAUAUCCCUAACGUCACUCAUGUUGUCAACUAUGAUCUGCCUAGCGACAUUGACGAUUACGUUCAUCGAAUCGGUCGAACGGGUCGUGCGGGUAACACUGGUGUCUCUACUGCUUUCUUCAACCGUGGCAAUAAGAACAUUGUACGUGAAUUGAUUGAGCUUCUCCGUGAGGCUCAUCAAGAAAUUCCAGACUGGCUUGAGGUCGUUGGUCGAGAAUCUUCCUUUGGAGGUGGAGGUCGAGGACGCGGUGGAGGACGAGGACGGGGUCGCUCGGGAAAUGCCGAUUUCCGGCGACCAGCUCCCGGCGGUGGUAUGGGCAAUCCAUAUGGUGGUGGUGGUGGUGGAUAUCAACAAGGAGGCUAUGGUGGCUAUGGUGGUGGUUACGGCGGCCCUCCUGCUGGCGGGCAGGGUGCUUAUAUGUAUGCCGCAAGUGGCCCUCCCAGUGGCCCUCCUAGUGGAGGUGGAGGUGGUGCCGGAUGGUGGUAGAACUUCAUUGCCGAUAUUUCUUGGAUCAAGAUCGUUUCUUGAUUCAAACACAACGUCAAUCCGUUAGAUGGCCCACUUUCCUUAGUGUUUGUCAGGUUAUCGGAUUCCCGUUCAAAAAAUCUCAUUAAAAAUAGAUCAAUCAAGAUUUGAUCCAUCUCUGUUUUCCUUAGUAUCUUUUAUGUUUUCUUUCAUGAUCUUCGUACAAUUUUUUGGGGGUACAAUCGAUUUCUUCUUUGGGUUUUUUGAGGUGUCAUCACGUUCGUCAUUCUUUAUCAAAGGCGCUGGAAGUUCUGUUUAGAGAUGGAAGUUUACGAAAGAAGAAAGUCGUAGCCACGUUUUACGACGAGAAAUCUUUUUUCAUCAUCACGACUUCUCCAAAAUAUCCACAUCCGAAUCGAUCAAUAUCUUGUCUUGGACGGACGUAUAUCUCUCGUACACACACCUACACACACACACACCUCACAUCCAACCCUAUACUCAAUUUCACCAUUAGACAAGAGCUCAGUUAGUAGAAGAACCUAUAGACUUUUUUUGAUGACCUAAUCUUCUGUAACCAAGCUAUAUAGAUUGAGCUCAAAAUACAUUUUGUUAAAGGUGAAAUAGAACAUGUUCACAUAUAGACUAUAUUAUUGAAAUUAUUUAUAUAGUUAUAAAUGUUAGCAAAUCGAAGAUACCCAUGAAAUUGUACUUUUAUAUUUCUUAUAUACAUUUUUGAUUG